CAGAGCUUGCCUAUUGGUCAACUCCAGCAGUUUGUUUUCUUUCUCAGCGAGAAAUAGUAUAAUUUCAUGAACGACAGUUGUCAAUUUAUUGUAUUAACAAAAGAGGAAUAGAGCGGUGUUACAAUUAAUUCGGGGAGUGGAUUUCUGAAUAACGCUUGUUUAAAUCAAAAUAUGUUUGCUACAUUUCUGCUCAUAUACCAACAUGUGCUCUUUAAAUGUUGUGUGUGAAAUAUAGAAAUUUGUAUAAUGUAACUCUCAAGUUUUCUUUAUACUUUAUGUGGAUCUUAAUUUAAAGUUACUCCACAGAAAUGAAAGUAGCAACUUAUUCCAGAUUACACUAUCGUAGUGUGAGUGCUCUGUUGCUAAGUUUGAUUAUUUCGUGUGUGUUUGCUAGUUCACCAGCAUUCGAUCUCUGCACGUGCAACAUUCUUACGUGUACAAUACCGGACACGUGCGCGCACGGCCUCGUGCUGGACCAGUGCGGAUGCUGCAUGACAUGUGCACGUGGUGUGCACGAGUCAUGUGGGGGAGGGCCAGACGGACCGGGUGUCUGUGGACAAGGACUACUGUGCGUGGUUGGGGCUCAACCGGGGGACCUCGUGACCGGAAAUGAGCGCGGCACGUGCCAAGUGAUAUCACCAGACUGUGAUGCCUCUGAGUGCGACUCGAUUGUUACACAUCACUGCCCUUCGGACUCUGUUCUUGUGUACAACAGCACUCAGGAAGAUGAUGCAUGCUGCAAGAUAACUUACGAAUGCAGAUGCAACAUGGCAUCCUGUAAAAUACCCAAGUGUUUCCCGGGUCAUACCCCACAAAUACUGCGCCACAGUAACCAUAGACCAGGAUCAUGCUGUGACCUUUACCAGUGCACAAUGCGGGGUUGCCUGUCUGAGGGCCAGGUGUACAAGAACAGUGAGACGUGGCGGGAGGGCGACUGUGUCAUGUGCCAGUGUGUCAACGGCAGCAAGCAAUGUCAGGCAGAGAUGUGUGUCACCACAUGCCACAGCCCCAGAUAUGUACCAGGAAGAUGUUGUCCCAUCUGUGAAGCGCCAAGCGUGUACCCAGAUCAGUCCAGCAGCCAGUGCCCAAGCCUCGCAGGAUGCAAAGUGUCAUGUCAGACUGGGCUAAGGAAGACACCUGAUGGAUGCCGUGUCUGCAAAUGCAAGCCGAGUACCUGUGUCACGGACUGUCCGUAUGGGUACAUGUAUGAUGAGCUAGGACAGGAGGUCUGUGAGUGUAAUAUACCGCCAGACCACUGCCCCACCCUCAACAACUGCCCUAAACACUGUAGUCAUGGUUAUCGGAUUAGCAAGGGUGGCUGCCCCAAGUGUCGCUGCAACAAGUGCCCUGUGUUGACCUGUGAGAAGGGUUGUCACCUUGGUUACCACACAGACAGGUUGGGCUGUCAAGUCUGUGAAUGUCAAGAUAUACUUUGGGAGAAAAACUGUACUGUGAACAUGUCUGAGUUCCAUCCUGGCCAGUCGUGGACCACUGCUGAUUGUCGGAUGUGUGUGUGUCAGACUGAUGGAUCAGUGGCGUGUCAUGCCAUCAACUGCCCCGUGCAACAUUGUCUGGUACUUGUCAACAAACCUGGGGAGUGCUGCCCUGUCUGCCUCAAUAUGUCUUUAAUCCCAAAGGAUGGUGCAUUAAAAAUCGAUGUUACAGAAACCAGUACAGUUGGUGUUAUGGUGAGAAAGUCAGAGCUGGUAGAGCUGGAGAGAAAGUAUGUCGUCUCGCUGGCGGUCGUGGGCUCUAUGCUCAUAGUGCUGCUCUUGCUUGUAUUCUUGCUGCUCUACUGCAAGCUGAAGCAUCGUGCCAGCUGGAGCCUGGCCCACACACACGAGCCCUUCUGCAGGUGUCCCACUUUCAUGGGCCAGUCAUCCAUGCAACAUACCUACACCAUCAAACCUGAUCUACCAGAUAAACUGGCGUAUGGGCCAAUACUUGUGCAGAAAUAUCAACCGCAUUUCCUGGAAGCUUCUCCUAAAUCAGACUCUGACGAGCGCAAGAUCUUCAUUGACAAAGAGAACGAGGAUGAUACAUUAAAAGAUCUCUUAAAUGAAACUAAUCAGACAGAAAUAGAGUCAAACUGUAAAUUCAAAGUAUGGCAGAGUGCUUAAACAUGCAACAAUAUUUACAAGCAAAGUAAAACAUUGUGCUAGCAAUCUCAAGUAGUGUUGACUGAAGUAUUUACUGGUAGCUAUAAAACUUAGCUUUAAAAGCAAUGAGCGUUUUAAAAUAAAACUUUAUGAACAAACAUUUAUUUUAUUUCACCUUGUUAUUUUCCAUAUGUUAAAACCUAUUUUUAAUCAAAUAAAGCUUGACUGGUCAUUGUUGGCUCAGGUACUACUUAAAUGUACCCCCGGUACGGAAAAAUAUACUAAAACGUUUGUGGACAUAAUAACGCUAAAUUGGUUGUUGUUAGCUUUUUUUCAAAUUAAUUAUAUUCAAAUUUAUGUCAAUAUUUUGUAAAGUGGCUUUUAUAUUAUUGAAACUCUUAGUCAAAAAAGAAUGUUGAGGAAGGUUUUAUUCAAAGUGAAUUGCGUUUCAUAUUGCUUAGAGCGUUUUACGACAUCGGAUUUUGGGCAGGAAUAAAACUUGGGUACAGUAUAAAUUGGUCGGGUAGGUUUUAGUAUAUUUUGUGUACCCAGGGUACAUUUUAGUUUACUUAACAGUAUCUGGGGUACAUUUAAGAAGUACCCGAUCCUACAAUGACCAAUCAAGCUCAAAUAAAUCUACUUAAAUAACAACAUUCCUAGCAAAUGUUCAAUUUACUGACAUGCAUAAUACUUUAGCAAAUAGUGUUCUCUUAUAAAUAUUUUUUUUCAAUGAUUGAAUGUCAGUUUUGUGUACAUAUUGCUUUCAACUGUAUUUAUGAUUUCCAUGACUUUUGCUUAUAAAUUGUUGUAUAGAAUCUUGAUUGUGUAAAUAUGUCACUUGAAAAGAAAGUGGACCAUAGGUAUGUCCUCAAUGACAGUGGGUACUACAUCACAUCAAGUCCCAGCCAGUGGACCAUAUUUAUGUCCUCAGUAACAGUGAGUACUACAUCACAACAAGCCCCAGCCAGUGGACCAUAUUUAUGUACUCAAUGACAGUGAGUACUAGAACACAACAAGUCCCAGCCAGUGGACCAUAUUUAUGUCCUAAAUGACAGUGGGUACUACAUCACAUCAAGUCCCAGCCAGUGGACCAUAUUUAUGUGCUAAAUGACAGUGGGUACUACAUCACAUCAAGUCCCAGCCAGUUGACCAUAUUUAUGUCCUAAAUGACAUUGAGUAAUACAUCACAUCAAGUCCCAGCCAGUGGACCAUAUAUUUGUCCUCAGUAACAGUGAGUACUACAUCACAUCAAGUCCCAGCCAGUGGACCAUAUAGAUGUCCUCAGUAACAGUGAGUACUACUUCACAACAAGUCCCAGCCAGUGGACCAUAUUUAUGCCCUCAGUAACAGUGAGUACUAUAUCACAUCAAGUCCCAGCCAGUGGACCAUAUUUAUGCCCUCAGUAACAGUUAGUACUACAUCACAUCAAGUCCCAGUCAGAGGGCCAUAUUCAUGUCCUCAAUGAGAGUUGGUACAACUUCACAACAAGUCCCAGCCAGUGGACCAUAUUUAUGUCUUCAAUGACAGUGGGUACUACAUCACAUCAAGUCCCAGCCAGUGGACCAUAUUUAUGUCUUCAAUGACAGUGGGUAUUACAUCACAACAAGUCUAAGCCAGUGGACCAUAUUUAUGUCCACAGUAACAGUGAGAACUACAUCACAUCAAGUCCCAGCUAGUGGACCAUAUGUAUGUCCUCAGUAACAGUGAGUACUACUUCACAACAAGUCCCAGCCAGUGGACCAUAUUUAUGCCCUCAGUAACAGUGAGUACUACAUCACAAGUCUUAGCCAGUGGACCAUAUUAAUGUGCUCAAUGACAGUGAGGACUUCAUCACACCAAGUCCCAAAAAGUGGACCAUUUUUAUGUCCUGAGUGAUAGUGAGUACUAGAAUACAACAAGUCCUAGAAAAUUGACCAUAUUUAUGUCCUCAGUAACUGUGAGAAAUACAUCACAAGUCCCAGCCAGUGGCCCAUAUGUAUGUCCUCAGUUACAGUGAGUUCUAAAUCACAUCAAAUCCCAGCCAGUGGACCAUACUUAUGCCCUCAGUAACAAUGAGUUUUAAAUCACAUCAAAUCCCAGCCAGUGGACCAUAGUUAUGUCCUUGGUAACAGUGAGAAAUACAUCACAUCAAGUCCCAGCCAGUGGACCAUAUUUAUGUCCUCUGCGACAUUGAAUACUACAUCACAUCAAGUCCCUGCCAGUGGACCAUAUUUAUGUCCUCGGUGACAUUGAAUACUACAUCACAUCAAGUCCCUGCCAGUGGACCAUAUUUAUGUCCUCAGUGACAUUGAGUACUAUAUCACAUCAAAUCCCAGAAAGUGGACCAUAGUUAUGUCCUCAGUAACAGUGAAUACUACAUCACAUCAAGCCCCAGCCAGUGGACCAUAUUUAUGUCCUCAAUGACAGUGGGUACUACUUCACAAUAAGUCCCAGCCAGUGGACCAUAUUUAUGUCCAUCGGUGACAUUGAGUAAUACAGCACAACAAGUCCCAGGAGUGUUCUGGACAAAUACAUUUUUUUCUAAUCCUGGUAUCUCAAAGAAUGGAUGGAUACAUUUUUUAUUUCAUAAAUGGGUGUGUUACACAUUUUAAAAUUUUCUUCAAACAAUACCAAAUCUAUUCAUGACUUCUAAGUGUAUAAAACUGCUUUUAUGGUGCGAUGUUGGCUUAAAUCAAUGACAUUUUUAGCUCACCUGAGAACAACAUGCUCAUGAUGAGUUUUUGGGAUCACCUUUUUCUGUCCUUUUGUGCUUCUUAAACAUGUACCUUGUUAACACUCUAGAGGACACAUUUAUUGUCAAAUUUUCAUAAAAACUUGGUCAGAAAAUAAAGUUUCAUAGUGAAACUGGGUCAUGCGAGAUACAAAAAAUAAGGUCACUAAUUAAAGAAAAAGCUAGUGUUACUUCUUAAGUCAAAUUUAUAGUAGAAUCUUCAUGAAAUUUGGUCAGAACAUUUUGUAAAAUGAUGUAUGAGCUGUGUUUGAAAAUGUUUUUUUUUCUUUAAAAGACAUUGCCAACAGGGGACAGGACAGAUUUUUAUCUAUAGCUAUUGUUAAAAAUGUUCAUCGCUAGAAGUAACAUUUCGAGUCCAAUCUACAUAAAACUUGUUCAGAACAUAAUGUUCCAAUAAUAGCUUGGAUUAUUUUGAAAAAUGUUUGUUCUUUGAAAAAACAUGGCUGCCAGGGGGCGGCAUAGUUUUCCUUCUUUGACCUUAGUGAAAACUUGUCAAUACUUAAGAAGUGAAAAGGAAAGACCAAUUUUCAUGAAACUUUGUCAAAACAUUUGUUCUAAUGAUAGCUAGGCAAAGUUAAAAAAAUGGUUGUGGUUCAUUGAAAACAUUGUUGCCAUUAGUCGGGGCAGAUUUCCAUAUAUAAUUAGAGCAAAACACUGUAAACACUCUAGAAGCCACAUUGUAAGUCCAAUUUUUAUUAAACUUGUUCAGAACAUUUGUUCAAAUAAUAUCUUGGCAGAGUUUAAAGAUGGUUCUAUUUCGUUCAAAAACAUGUCUGUAUUGGCCACAUUCUUAAUUAAGCUUGUUUAAAACAUAUUUCCCAACCAAAAUCUGUACUGAAUUUAAAACUGGGCUGCAUACUGUAAAAAGUUUAUUCCGAAGUUCAAAUAAAAAAAAGGCUUCUAAACAUUCUACAAGUCCCUUUUUUGUCCAAUCUUUUUGAUACUUGGUUAUAACAUUUGUUCUAAUGAUAUCUCAGCCAAGUUUGAAAAUGGUUCUGGCCUUUUAAAAAGAAAUAUGACAGCCAGAGGGUGGGAAUGUUUUCCUUUGAUGGCUGUAGUGAAGACUUUUAAAAUACUAAAUACUCUAGAAGUCACAUUAUAAGUCCAUUCUUCAAUAAACUUGGUCUGCAAAUUGAAACUUUGUCAUGUGAAGUAUUAACUUAGGGUCAAAUUGAAGAAAAAGCUUGAUAUCACUCUUGAAGGAAUGUUUCUGGUCAAAUCUUCAUGAAACUUGGUCAGUUCAUUUGUUAUAAUGGUAUUUCAGCCGAAUUCAAAAACAAAAAUGCCCGUACAAAUUCAAUAUUUUUUGUCAUAUUUUAUUUUUAUAUAAGCCAAAUCAUGAAAAUAAUUCCCUCUCGUUUAUUUGGCUUUUAUAAAUUUGUUUUUAACACAUAUCUUGUUUUUGAUAAAAUAUGUCAUUGUUAUUUGUUGCAGCUCAUCUGGGCACUUGGUGCUAGUGGGUAGCUUUUAUGAUACGGUGUUGUAUGUUGUUUGCCAUUGCUUAUGAGCUUCAAAAAUAUUCUUCAAUUAAACAGCAAUGGUUAAAUGUUUAAUACAAGAUACUCAAGACACUCAAGAUAAACAAAGUUGGCUUCCAGCAGGGUCAGAAGCAUGAUGAGAAUUACGUUGUGCUUCGGACACUGCCCUAAGUCAAUGUAGUGUUGGCUUGAUCGAAAAUGUUAGUAUCUCAACGCUGAAAAUUCACAUGGAAUAUAUUGUCACAGAAAAAAUAAAAACAGGCAUUUUGUAUUGUUAAAUCUGUUACCAUACCACAUCUAGCUUAUAGGCUAUUACCAUAAGGAACACUGAUUUUUUAUGAUUUUUAUGCCCCCUUUUCGAAGAAAAGAUUGCAUAUAGUGAUCGGACUGUCCGUCUGUCUUUCCGUCACACUUUGCGUUUAGGUUUGAAAAAUGACUAACUUCUAUGUCCCUUGAGAUAUAACCUUCAUAUUUGGUAUGCAUGUGUAUAUGGACAAGGCCUUUCCAUACGCACAAAUUUUUUUACCCCUGUGACCUUGACCUUUAACUUAGGGUCCAUGUUUAGGUUUCGAAAUCUGCUUUGUUUCGAAAAAAGCUCAUUACUUCUAUGUCCCUUGAGAUAUAACCUUCAUAUUUGGUAUGCAUGUGUAUAUGGACAAGGCCUUCCCAUACACACAAACAAUUUUAGCCCUGUGACCUUGACCUUGAACUUAGGUUCCGCGUUUAGGUUUGGAAAUCUGCAUUUAGGUUUCGAAAAAUGCUCACAACUUCUAUAUCCCUUGAGAUAUAACCUUCAUAUUUGGUAUGCAUGUGUAUUCGGACAAGGCCUUUCCAUACGCACACAAACUUUGACCCCUGUGACCUUGACUUUGAACUUAGGGUCCGCGUUUAGGUUUCGAAAUCUGCGUUUAGGUUUUUAAAAAAGCUCAUAACUUCUAUCAAGCGUUUAUAGGUCGCAUAAGUCAUCCUAUGGUGACAGCUCUUGUUCAAAGUAUUCAUUGAUUUUAAAUGUUUAUGGGGAUAAAAAUACAAAAACACAGUUGAUACAGCAACAUAACAAAAUUUACACAUAAAAGGUUAUUUUUUUCGUGUCUCAGGUAAGCGACCUAGGGACUUUAGGCCCUCUUGUAACUGGAAUUAUUUUUAUGCGGCUAAAGUUUCAUAAACUGUCUGUAAUUCCGUCACGGGGUCUGUGCGUCAGCACUUAAUUGUUCCUUUUUAAUGAUAACCCAACCAGUUUUUAUCAUGUCAUCACCAAACUGAAAGGAAAAUGUUUAUUAGCAUAAAGUAAAGACAAACUUCAUUAACUACCCAAAUAUCACCAGGCACAUUGAAGUUAUCCUAGGUCAUCAAGUCGAUUCUUAGAAAAACCUUAAGACAUAGUUAUGUCUCAAUUUUAAUGAAAUUUUGUCAAAAUACUUAGGCAGAAUUUGAAUCUGGGUCACGUUCGUUCAAAAACUAGAUAAAUAAGUCAACCCUUUGAAAGAGCUUGUUAAAACACGAGUCAUACAAAAAGCUGAUGUAGCAUAUGAGGCAAGCCUUAUUUGAAUUUAAAACUCCCUGCGUUUCAUCUGUGUGCUAUAUUUGUUCAAGGUUAGGUUAUUGUUGUGCCAUCUUUCAAAGAAGAUGGCAUUAAGUGUAAGUCUGUAUGUCUGUGCAAAGUUUCCUGUCUCAACCAUAACUUUGCCAGAUAUAUAUUGAUGGAUUUUUAGAUAACUUUGCACAAAUGUUCACCAUCAUUUGGCUCUACGGUCAACAGCUUGGAACCCUGUCUCAGCCAUAACUUUCAUAUAUAUUUAGGGAAUUUUAAAUAACUUUGCACAAAAGGAAAUCAUUAUAAGAUUACUAGUCUCAAGCAACAACUGUCUCCCUUCCUCAAAGGUUAAGGUAACCUGAAGAGGUCAAAAGUCAUAUAAAACAGAUUUAAAAUUCCUGUCUCCGUCAUCACUUUGCCAUAUCUUGAUGGUUUUAUGCUCCCCCAAAAAUAAAGGAGCAUAUAGUCGCCGCUUCGUCUGUCCAUGUGUGCGUCUGUCCGUCCAUGCACAAUUUUUGUCCGGGCUAUUUCUCAGCAACUAAUGACAGACAUUAAAUGAAACUUUAUGGGAAGCUUCACUACCAAGAGGAGAUAUGCAUAUUAUCAGCAGUUUCUGGUCGUUUGAUUUUUCACAGAGUUAUGGCCCUUUGAAAUUUUUGAAAUUUUCCAUUAACUGUACAUAUAGUGCAAUUCAUGUACGGGCUAUUUCUCAGCAACUAAGGACUGGAAUUCAAUGAAAUUUUAUGGGAAGCUUCACUACCAAAAGGAGAUGUGCAUAUUAUCAGCGGGUUCUGGUCGGAUGAUUGUUCACAGAGUUACUGCCCUUUGAAAUUUUCUAUAAAAAAAGUUCUUGUCCCCCCAAACUACUGUGCCCUCAAGAUGUUACCUUUUAUCUGAAUAUAUAGUGCAAUAUUGUGACAAAAAACCUUUGGGGAGCAUCACCAGUCUCCGACGGUUUCUUGUUAUAAUAACUUGGCACAUAUACAAUCCAUCUUAAUACGACAAGUUGAAUGUAAAACUUUUCUCCGUACUGCAAAACUGAAAACUGAUUACAGAUAUAUAAAAAUAACAAGAAGCUUUAAACUGCAUGCAAGUAGUUAGGUUAGAAUGACUAACAAGCAUGUAAUUAUUAUGAAUUUUCUCCAUUUGUUGAGUUCAAAGAGAAUUAUAAUACUUUAUUUGUUUACACAUUAAUGAUUCUCGAGGUAAUGCAGCAUUAGCUAAAGAAUAAAACACCAAACUUAAUACUUGAAUGGAGAAUUGAAUACAUGGACAGUACAAAGUGAAUGGCAAAUAAUUGAACACCUGAUGAUUAUUUCUUAUGUCUUGAUGGGUGUUGUUUUCUUCUAUCAGUCAGAAUAUUUGAAAAGGUCUGAAAUUAGUCUAUGGAAAUGUGUUAUUGAAAGAUUAAAUACAAAAAUGUGAAAAUAUGACCUGUAAGUGUGUCCUUAGGUGGCUUAAUUUUAAGGAAAUCAUCAUUUAAUUUGUUAGAGCUGUAUUAAGAUUUAGGUUCUUUAUACUAUAAGCAUAACUUUCCUGAGCUCAUUACCACAGUAGAGACCUCAGUUUUGGCUUAAUAUUAAACACAAAUUGGUAAGAAUGUUCAUCUUGACAAUAUCUAGGCCAGGUUUGAAUCUGGGUCAAUUUGGUUUCAAAAAAAAACAUGUUACUAGGUCAGAUACUAUAAAAUUCUAGUUACUAUUACUGUCAUGUACACUGAUGUGCCUCUGAUUCACAAUAUGAAUGAUGUUGUUCUGAUUUACAAUAUACCCUGGUAAAUGAUGUUGAUUGCUGAUGUUCUAAUGUAGUACUUGAUUUUUAUGCUGCCCCAAAUUUUUGGGGGGGAGCAUAUAGUCGCCGCUUUGUCUGUCCGUGUGUCCGUCCGUCCGUGCAAAUUUUUUUUUCGGGACAUAUUUCAGCAAUUAAUGACGGGAAUUCAAUGAAACUUUAUGGGAAGCUUCACUACCAACAGGAGAUGUGCAUAUUAUAAGCCAGUUAUGGUCGGAUGAUUUUUCACAGAGUAAUGGCCCUUUGAAAUUUUCUAUAAACUGUACAUAUAGUGCAACUCUUGUUCCCCAAACUACUGACUGGAAUUCAAUGAAGCUUUAUGGGAAGCUUAACUACCUUGAGGAGAUGCGCAUGUUAUUUGUGGGUUCUGAUUAGAUGAUUUAUUAAGAGAGUUAUGGCCCUUUGAAAUUUUUAAGUUGCUAAACCAUCCAUCGUAUUUUUGUCCAAAGUUAUGCCCAUCAAGAUGUUUCGUUUUAUCUGAAUAAAUAGUGCAAUAUUGUGACAAAAAAAAUUUGGGGAGCAUCACCUGUCUCUCACGGUUUCUUGUUGUUUUUUAGGCACAUGGAAUAUUUUCAAGUUAUACAAGUUUGCAAAUUUUGGGACAUAAUUUUACGAAAUCAAACAUACUAUAAAUCAAAAACACUUUGUUUGUCAUGCUUUUUGUAAUUAUACUUUAAACUGAUUAAUAAUUAAUGUACACUGGACAAACAUUGUAUAUAUCAAUCAUAAUAUCAAAGUAAAUAAAUGUUGUUGUUGUUA